ACUCAGCGGCAGAGAGACAAGUUAGCCAGAAAGACUGUGAGAGACUUCGUGUCUCAUUCCCAUCCCACCUGCCUGGAACUCUGCACACACCUGGGAUUGGAGCUCCCCUCCUCUGUUGGUCGCAGACUGAGGGACCGAGACCGGAUCAGUCUUUCACUCUAAUUGAGUGUAGAAGCGGAAUCUAGACCACCAUGAGGACCUUCUGGCUCCAGCUGAUGUUGGUCAGUGCGUCCGUCCAGCAGGUGACCAGUUCAGGAGCAAGACAACACUCACUCUGGUUUUUGGCCACCUCUGUCUCUGGACCCUCACAGCUGCCUGAGUUUAGUGGUGUGCUGAUGCUGGACGACCUCCAGGUGGCGUACUACGACUCCACACUGGACCAUCCGGUCACCAGCAGCAGGGACAUGACUCCAGUGGACGUGGGUCAAAGCGCCAUGGGAAUUGUUCAUAAGAUGACUUUUGGCAUGAGAGACCGAAUAGCUUUCGCCAAACACCACGUCAACCAGACCAAAGGUCUCCACGUGCUGCAGAAACUAGCCGGCUGUGAGAUCCAGGACGGACAGCCGACAUUCGUUAUGUCACGAAACAGUUAUGAUGGACAGGACACAGACAGUCAGAUGUUCAACACGACCCACUUCUCCUACACAACCAGAGAAGGCUGGGAGAACCGGUCGACUGCAGCCGAGUGGCAGAUCGAACAAACCCUCUAUCAUCACUUCUACCUCUCGACAUGUGCCUCGACCCUGAAGCAGCUGCUGGAGCAGAAGAAGAACCUGGUGACCCGUCGAGUCUGGCCAAGACUCUGCGUCUUCUCCAGGCCGAGGAAGGGCAGAGCCCUGCUCACCUGUCUGGCCACGGACUUCUACCCACGCCACAUCAACCUGACCCUGCUCCGGGAUGGUGGGCAGGUGGAGGAGGAUCAGCUGAGCGCUGGGCCGGUGCUGCCCAACGGCAACGGCCUGUACCAGGUGAGGAAGACGCUGGUGCUGACGGAGCAAGAGCUGCAGCGCAAACACAACUACACCUGCACCGCCGCUCACCUGAGCCUGGACAACCGGCUGCAGGUGAGCUGGAGGGCCGAGUCCUUCCACUCUCACCGGGUACACUUGGUCUCGCCGCUCGUCCUGGUGGCCCUGGGUCUGCUGCUGCUCCUGCUUCUGGUCCUGGUCAUCCGUGGCAAACCUCAGGAGUCAGGAGCUCACACAGACUCAGUGGGGGCAGAGAGCGUUGCCAUGGUGACCUCAGAAGCUGAGCGACCACCAGGGGGCGCUCCGUGAGGGAGGCACCUACUCACUGGAUUGCUUGUUCCCUUCCUGCCUCCUGGUGUCGUCACUGUCCUGUGCACAGAAUAAGCAGCGCUGACUUGAGGAUCACGGAGUCUCCAGACAGUCAGACCUGAAGGUGAGGGAGUCGCGGUGGACUUGACGAGGGUCAUAUAUAUCUGAAUCUCGACAAGACGAAGGAGAUUGUCGUGGACUUCGGGAGAUCAAGACACAGCCAUGCCCCUCUUUACAUCAACGACAGGGCUGUGGAAGUGGUGAGUAAAACCAAAUACCUGGGUGUGCACAUCACAGACGAUCUUAGCUGGUCACUCCACACCUCCUCCCUGGCAAAGAAGGCACAGCAGCGUCUACACUUCCUGAGGCGGAUGAGAAGAGCUUCCCUGCCCCCCCCCCGUCCUGACCACCUUCUAUAGAGGGACAAUCGAGAGCCUGCUGACCAGCUGCAUCUCAGUCUGGUCUGGGAGCUGCAGUGCAUCAGACUGGAAGUCUCUGCAGAGGGUGGUGAGGACAGCGGAGAAAAUCACCAGGACCCCGCUCCCUGCCAUCAAGGAUAUAGCAGAUGUUCGCUGCUUAUCCAGGGCACAAAGGAUCAUCGCGGACUCUACUCAUCCAAACUAUGCACUGUUCUCCCUCCUGCCAUCUGGCAGACGGUUCCGCACCAUCCGAUGCAGAAAUCGGAUGCUGCGGACCGA